AUGACUCUUUCGGCUACUCAAUUGGGUCUCUGUCUUCAGUCCUAUUGGUACAUGUGGUUAACUAGUGGCUUAUCGGGAUUGGUUUUUAUCGGUAUUGAUAUUGGCAUUGCUGCAUUUUUCAUGGCAAAAUUUAAAAAGAAAAAUGGACCAGCGCGUGAACGUCCACCAAGCACUGCUCAAAAUCGACCGAUGACUCCUAUUGAAAUUGAUAACAUCGAUUAUUCGUAUAGACAAAAUACAAGUAGAGGCUCUGCUACACGAAGCACUUCUGGUUUAAUAUCAAAUAACUCCAGUUCGACGGAUGAUGUUGAAGAUUUUGCUCAAACAACCUGUCAAUUAGUGAAUGAAAUACGCAAGCAGUAUGAUGCUCCAUCCGUGGAAGUAGACGAUCAGCUAACUGUUAUUGCUCAAGAUUGGGCUAAUCAAAUGGCUCUUACUGGUAAAUUAGAACAUAGACCUCUUGAAUAUCGGAAUUUUGGACGGCAAUCACUUGGUGAAAAUUUCAUCGCUGUCUUUAAGAAAGAAUUAACAGCUAAUAGAAUGCUACGAAAAUGGUUGAAAGAAGGAAGUGUAUACAGAUUUGGUCAUGAUGGAGGUAGAGAAACCAACAAUUUUACACAAUUAGUUUGGCAUGGAUCACGAGAAAUUGGUGUUGGUCGAGCUCAAUCACCUGAUGGGAAUUGGUGGUAUGGCGUCGUUGUAUUUGACCCGCCUGGUAACAUUCCAAAUCAAUAUGCACAGCAUGUAACACUACCACGCACAUAA